AAUAAACUAAUUUAAAAAAGGAACAACUUAUUACAUUCUGCGUACACCAAGGCGAUAAACUAAAAUACUACGGAGUAAUUGAAUACUGUAAAGUAUACCAAGUACUGAAGUACACCAUUAGUCCCUUACUUUCCUACCAAGUAUAGAGGAUCUACAAAAUCUACACUUCCACUUUCCCCCCCACUAUAUAUUCAUCUUCCAACACAACCACAACUCCACAUCCAAUUCUAUCCAUUCCUCUCACAAUUCAACACUCUCAAAUUAGUCUCUUUUUAGCAAACCAAAAACAUACAUGAUGCCUUCAACUUCCUUUACUAAUUCUCUCCCUCAAGAAAUAGUUAACAAACUUCACUAUUCUAGAAGAUUACUACUUCACUCCCCCUUUCAACCCUCACUACCUGUAACAUCACAAGCACCAACACCAACCUACCAAGUCCUUGACCCGACUGGUACGACCCAUGGCAAUCCCGGGUUUGAUGCUAAUAUAGUCAUGAUCCUCGCGGUCUUGGUUUGCGCUCUAAUCUGUUCUUUAUGCAUAAACACCUUCAUUAGGUGUGUCAUUAAGUGCUCUAGCAUGAUUACAGGGGAGCCUAAUUACUACCUAAACAUGGUUAGCCGUGAUCAGAAGAAAAAAGUUAGUAAGGGUUUGGACAAAAGGGCAUUGAAGACUUUUCCAGUGGUUAAGUACUCAAAUGAGGUCAAGAUUCAAGGCUUAGAUACAGAUUGUGUGAUAUGUUUAUCAGAGUUUAAGGGAGGAGAAAAAGUCAGGAUAUUACCAAAAUGCCACCAUGGCUUCCAUGUUAAAUGUAUUGAUGAAUGGCUUAGUGCUCACUCCUCUUGCCCUACUUGCAGACAAUCAUUAGUUGAAACGUGUCAAAAGAUCAUUGGAAGUGGUGUUGAUCAUCAAACAACAACACCAUCAACAACAACAACACCAUCAACAACAUCAUCAUCAUCAACAACAACAACAACAACACCAUCUUCGACAUCCAUAGAAGUGGUUAUAGUAAGUAUUGUGCCACUUGAAAGGGAAGAUUUGGUGAGAAAUUACAGAGAAGUUGCUCUAAGAUAGCAAACAAGUUGCUGAAAUUAGAUUUUUGGUAGAUUUUUCUUUAUUUUCAGAGUUAAAUAUUCAAUUUUAUGUUUAACUCUGUCUUGUUGUACAAAUUAAUGAUAGACAAUACUAGUUCUUAAUUGUUCAUCUUGGAAGUGUAUAAAAGAAGAGCAAUUAAUUAAUUAACGAUUCCCUGCUA